GGCUGUUGUUGUGCUGGUCAUAAGAGCGUUAAUGUUUCUUAAGGCGUAUCCGUUAGAUUUGUUAGAAAGGAAAGACAUUUCAGUGAUUAAGCAUAUAUUUUUUAGGCUUGUAUGCGUUAUAAAUGUAAAUUUCUUUUUAUCUGUUGGUUAGAUUUUGAAUGUUCGUGUAUGCGCACAGUCAUCUCAUUUUAAGCCUAACGUAACCUAUCUUUCAGCGUGCCAACGUGGUGUGAGUUGAACUUCACAGCAGUUGGUAAAGUUGGAAAAAUAAUUUUUCUACUUAUUGAACUACUAGUAGGGAUCAGGAUCUGCGUGGACUUCAAGUGAAGGCUGUCACUUUUCCAUCUUUUUUGUUUUAAUAUUUUAUUACUUUUACGCUGAUAAGUUUUGCGUCAUCUGUUUCAUAAUGUCGUCAACCGGGUACAACUUAGAAGAAUCUAGUGCUGAUAGGAAUGUAGAAAUAUGGAAGAUAAAAAAGUUAAUCAAAAGCUUAGAAGCAGCCCGAGGAAAUGGUACUAGUAUGAUAUCUCUAAUUAUACCACCAAAGGAUCAAAUUUCAAGAGUAUCAAAAAUGUUAGCUGAUGAAUUUGGAACAGCUUCCAAUAUUAAAAGUCGAGUAAAUAGGCUAUCUGUUUUAGGGGCAAUUACAUCUGUACAGCAUAGAUUAAAAUUAUACACUAAAGUGCCCCCAAAUGGACUUGUAAUUUACUGCGGAACUAUAGUUACGGAGGAAGGAAAAGAGAAGAAGGUCAACAUUGACUUUGAACCAUUUAAACCUAUUAAUACAUCUUUAUACUUAUGUGACAAUAAAUUUCAUACAGAA